CACCCCCCCCCCCAGGCAAUACUCAGAACGAGCUGGGUGAAGUCAAAGGAGGGAGAGAGAGAGAGAGAAGGGGAACUCAAAAUUGAAGAAGUCGUACAACAGGAGCCCAGAGAGAGAGAGAGAGGAGAGAGAGAGAGAGGAGAGAGCGAGGGGGGAGGGAGGGGGAUACUCUGAAAGACAGGGAAAGAGAGAGAGCAGAGGAAGCCUUCUGAACAGCAGACAGCCACAGUCUGAGUCUUUUAUAAAAAAAAAUAGAAAAAAGGACAAAAAAAACUCCACAUCCAGGCUGAAGAGGCACUCUCUGGAAAGCAAAGCACUUGGAACAAUGGAUUCAGACUCAGGAGAACUGAGCGAGGGAGAGCUCUCUCCAGGUCCUGAGAGCUUCAACUCCAGGAAUUUGACUCUGCAAGCCCAGAAGAAAAUCCUCAGCAAGAUGGCUACUAUGGUGGUGGCCAACUUACUGACUGAUGACACCAGCAGCGAGAUCCUGGACGAGCUGUACAAGGCAACCCGCGAGUACACACAGAGUAAGAAGGAGGCGCACAAGAUAAUCAAGGAUGUCAUCAAGAUUGCUCUGAAGGUCGGCAUCCUCUACCGCAACCACCAGUUCAGCCCAGAUGAGAUGGAGACGGCAGAACGCUUCAAGAAGAAGAUGAAUCAGGCGGCCAUGACGACGGUCAGCUUCUAUGAGGUGGAAUACACCUUUGACCGAAACCUUCUCUCAGAGCUGCUGCUGGAGUGCCGGGACCUUCUGCAUGAGCUGGUGGAGGCCCACCUGACAGCUCGCUCCCAUAGCCGCAUUGACCACGUCUUCAACCACUUUGCAGACGUGGAGUUCCUGGCUGUGCUUUACGGCUCCUCCGAGGAGUACGGACUUUACUUGAAGAACAUCUGCCAGGGGAUUAACAAACUUCUCGAGGAGGGUGUGCUUUAACUCACGUGCUUUUCUUGUACAUUUGCCUCCAUUUUCUUUCGCGUUGCCUUGUUGCGUAUUAUAAAUCUUGACCGGAUGGAGAGGUCUUCAUGGAUUUAUUAUAUAUACAAAUAUUUUCCCUGGUUUCUCUGGUGCAAGUCUUCUUAUUGUUGUAUAUUUCAGAGUUAGAAAAGCCUUACUAAUUAUGAUUAUGAAUAUUUUAUAGACAUUGCGCCGGUCAUGCCCUGCUCCAUUUUUAACAGUACAUUAGCAACCAUGCAGCACUGUUCCACAUUUAUUGCUGUGGUUCCAGUCACACCUACGCCCACUUAAAAAUACCUAGCCACUGCAGCUUUUUUUAAUCCAACCGCUUAACUCGGGAGGGAAUGUGAUGUGUCACCUUUCCUACAUGGAUCUCAAGCGACCGUUAACAGCCUCCGCUGCACUUUCUGCAAAUCUUUUAUUUAUAUAUUUAUUAUCUUUUCUAAACAGGGCAGUUCUCCGGGGUCAGUGAUUCGAAUAGCACCCCUAUUCUGCGCUUCGACAUCGCAUGUCCUCCCUGUGUCAUGCAGAUCUUUUCCCAUUGUCCAAAGAUGUCCAGUUGGUCUAAUCGGUGUCUCUAAAUUGCCUGUAGUGUGGAUGUGUAUGUGUGGUCCGGGGUGUAACCCCAGCAUGCCUGGGAUAGGCUCCAGGUCCUUCUGCGACCAUGACAAAGAUAAACAGUGAGAUGAUCUUUUUAAGCAUAACACACUACAUCUCAUUGCUGACUGCCUGGUGACUCCAAAUUAGCUAAACAGUGCAGAUUCUCCAGAAGCCAUGUGAAUGGGUGGAUGCAGUUAUUUCAUACUCCCUACUUGGUAAAGAGUAUAAGAAAAGGUCUUUUAUUAAAGGUUACUUAUGAAAUGAA